GCAGCGGGCUGCCAUUAUCCAGCGUGCGGCGGACGCGGGAGGUUGUUAGGGGGAAGGAUUAAAGAGAGACACGGCUGCAGCGGCAACCCGAAGUCUCGCUUUCACGGCAGAAAGGAAGGAGAAAAAAAAAACCCCCACACACACAUACAACCGACGCGCGACAUGAACGGUCAGAUCAACGGCCUGAACUGCUCCUCGCUGGACGAGAAGGCAUUCCUGUUCACCUCCGAGUCGGUGGGCGAAGGGCACCCAGAUAAAAUCUGCGAUCAAAUUAGUGAUGCCGUUUUGGAUGCCCAUCUCAAACAAGAUCCUGAUGCCAAAGUUGCUUGUGAAACUGUUGCAAAGACUGGUAUGAUUCUCCUGUGUGGUGAAAUUACUUCCCGGGCAUCUGUAGAUUAUCAGAAGGUCGUGAGAGAUACCAUCAAACAUAUUGGAUACGAUGAUUCUUCAAAAGGCUUUGACUAUAAGACCUGCAACGUUCUAGUCGCUCUGGAGCAACAGUCCCCAGAUAUUGCACAGGGUGUUCACUUGGAUAGGAAUGAGGAGGAUAUUGGUGCUGGUGAUCAAGGUCUUAUGUUUGGUUAUGCUACCGAUGAAACUGAAGAGUGCAUGCCCUUGACUAUUGUUCUUGCUCACAAACUGAACGCUAAGAUGGCAGAGUUGCGACGCAAUGGCACUCUGCCCUGGCUCCGGCCGGAUUGCAAAACUCAGGUGACAGUGCAGUACCUGCAGGAUCAUGGUGCUGUUAUUCCUAUCCGUGUGCACACCAUCGUGAUCUCUGUACAGCACGAUGAAGAGGUUCCCCUGGAUGAGAUGAGGGAUGCUCUGAAGGACAAGGUUGUCAAAGCUGUUGUGCCCUCCAAGUACCUGGACGAUGAGACCAUCUACCACUUGCAGCCCAGUGGACGUUUUGUUAUUGGUGGACCACAGGGAGAUGCGGGCCUCACUGGGCGAAAGAUCAUUGUUGAUACCUAUGGUGGAUGGGGUGCACACGGGGGUGGUGCUUUCUCUGGCAAGGACUACACCAAAGUGGAUCGCUCUGCUGCCUAUGCUGCUCGAUGGGUUGCCAAGUCUCUGGUAAAGGCUGGCCUGUGCCGACGUGUCCUUGUGCAGGUAUCCUAUGCCAUUGGAGUGGCACACCCUCUCUCCGUUUCCAUCUUUUCCUAUGGGACAUCAGAAAUGAGUGAGAAGGAACUGUUGGAGGUGGUGAAGAAGAAUUUUGACCUUCGUCCUGGUGUUAUCGUCAGGGACCUGAAUAUGAAGAAACCAAUUUACCAGAAGACUGCAGCCUAUGGCCACUUCGGUAGGGAUAGCUUCCCCUGGGAAGUGCCUAAAAAACUUAAGUACUGAGUGUAAAGUCUUUCUCCCCAGAUCUGUUGGUGUAUAAUACAGAGAAGCUGCAGGCUCUCGGGGAGAAAGACCCCUUUCCAUAUAUCCUGUCCUCCCAUAAAUCCAUACACUGCUAGUCACAGGAUCUUCUUCCUCUCCUGCCCUUCUGUUACAGAGCUUUGUCCGUAAACCCCACCCCACCAUCCCUGUGCUAGCCACUGCAUCGCUAAUGUGUAGUUUUGUUUAGCCGGGCAAGGGUUGAAAGAGGGACCAUGAACUUGGGGGAUCAAAAUUUGAAUUUCCAUGUUCUAGUUGGGGGUUUGGAUGACCAGACACUACAGUGUCCCAGUUACAGCUUGUAACCCUAGUCUGCAAGACUGCUUUUCUGCAUACCAUUUCCCGAAUGAAACCUGUAUGUAGUAUUGCUUAUACAUGGAAGUGAUAACCUAUUGUCAGUGCUGUACCCAAAUUUUGGGGCGCAUCUAGUAAUGGUGCUUAUUGUGUGGUUCCAACCCUUUAAUGUAACUUGAUGUCCUGGACACUUAAACGUGCAGUCCUGUUUUUGGAUUAGUGAACAGUUUUA